CGUGCGAGCCAGCCAAGAGCCAAACUAAUCUUGCUUAGGAUUUAGAUUUUAGGUUUAAUAUUACUUAUUACAGUAAUUAAUUGUAUUGAUGGGUUCAGUUCGUUACAGUGUUUCUUAAUUGUUCAUCAAGUCCAACAACAAGACAGUGUUAUCAAUUUGAAAUUGGUGAGGUCCUGUUUUUAUGAUGGCUGAUUUAGCUGAAAUCGUUGGCGACAUCAGAGCUUGUGUUAUUUCCAGUAAAGGACCCCUUUCUCUGAAAACACUUUCUGGUGACUAUGAAAGCCUGGUCGGUAAUCAGAUUCCGUACAGACAGUUCAGCUACAGUUCCCUGGAGGAGUUUCUGAGAAGUCAACCAUCGUUGAAGGUUUGCGGAUCAGGCAGUUAUGCGACGGUUGAAGCUGCCACUAGCAACCAGUCUAAACACAUCUCUGAAUUGGUCUCAAAACAGAAACCCAAAAUAAAAAAAAAGUUUGUACCGCAGAGAAAAUAUGCGCCAGAACCAUACCAGAAGCGUCGCUCUCCUGGGGCUGGUUACAGCAAAGAAAACCACUUCAAAAGAGGAAACCCCUCUGUCAGAUAUUACAAUUACAAAAAGGAAAAUCCCUCGGUGAAAGAAAACCACUUCAACUGGGAAAACACCUCCAAAUAUCACCAUUACAAAGAAAACAACUUUCGUAGAGAAACCACUCCCGUCAAAUAUAACCAUCACAAAGAAUAUCCCUUAAUGAAAGACCAUUCCAACAGAGGAAACCGUAUCAACAGUAAAUACUUCCGAGAUGAUAAUAAUAACAAUAACCUCAACAAAGAUACCCACUUUACCUGGGAAACCCAAUUUAGAGAUAACUUUUCCAACCACUCUCCAGAGUCUUUGUUUAGAGAAAAUCAAAGUAGAAUCCGACCUCGGAAGGAUACACAUUGGAAGGCUCAUGAUGACAGGCCCGUGGCUCAGGAGGAAGUUUGGGCUCAGACUUUGAGGCGUAGCCCACCAAGGAUCCAGCCACAUGUACAUGAAAAUGGUUCAUACAUGUGUAUUGCCUCUGGGUGUUUCUUUCAACACUCCUAUAAUGGUAAACAGGUAUCGUGGGAUCCAAGAGAUGGGAGCCUUAAGGUCACCAUCCAAAACUUUUAAAACAUCAGUUUUUCCACCACUGUAUGUGAAUAUGCAAUAUAGGUGUAAAACGAAUCUCUAUGAGAGUAUUCUAGGUUCCUAGUAACUUAUAAGGCUGACUUGUUCCAUGUGUUUUGCAUAAAUAUUUAGUAAUAUUGUAUGUAAAACAACUCUUUACGGGUAUUUUAGGCUCACAGUAAUUUCUAAGACUUACACAUAUUUUCCAUGUAAUUGUAAAAGUUUUUUAGUUAUAUUUUAAAAGAAAUGCAGUUAUAUGAGACUGAAAACUAAUAUUUCCCAUAAUGGAUCGCAAACAUUUGCUUGAAGAGUGCUCUUAACAGCAGUAUUUCUGAAUAUUGUAAUUUUUGUUUUAUUUUAAGGCCUAUAUGUUAUAGCUGUUGUUUUCAAAACGGUUGUUCAAAAUGCCUGAUAAAUAGCUAAGGCUAAGAUAAUAAUAACAAGGGACCAUCUACAAUAUAUAUGAGAUGGGUACCUUGCUUGAUUGUAUAAUAUUUCUAUAUAGUUGUAAAUAUUUGUUUGUAUACGUUCAUACUGUUGUUUGCGAUAUUUCAAUAAAAACUAAAGCAAUGUAUGGAAUUCUUGAAA